UAUACAUAGAAAUGGCUCAACUUCAUAAGCUUGGAUUUGAAGCUGAAAUAAAAUGCAGUGCGGAUAAGUACUUUGGCAUGUUCAGUAACAAUGUAACUCAACUACCUAAGUUUGUUCCCAGUACGUUCAAAAGUGUCGAAAUCACUGAAGGAGAUGGAACUAGCAUUGGCUCUACCAGGCUUUGGAAAUAUGCCAUUGUGAUAUCGAAGGACAGAUUAACAACAUUCAACAAGGAAAAGAGGUCACUGGUUUAUGAGAUUACCCAAGGAGGAAUCAUGAACUAUUAUAAAGUUUUUAAUGUUAAAAUUGAUGUGGUUCCAAAACAGCAUGCUACUGGAAAUGGAAGCUUGGUAAAAUGGUCUCUGGAGUUUGAGAAGGUUAACGAUGAUAUCCCUGAUCCAACUGCUUAUAUUGACGCCAUCCAAUUGGUCACUAAUGAACUGAGUUCUCAGCUCUGCUGA